UAUUAACCAAUCCUAUCACAAUCAAAAUCAAUAAUAUUUUCUAAGUUGAUAAUAACAUGUUUCAAUUCUUUGUUACAGAAUAGAAGAAAAUUAUAGAAACUAUGGCUACGGUAUUAGUAAAUUCGACGCAAAGUGUACUAAAAGACACUUACGACUAUUAUUUGUGGACCUUAUCAUUAUCGGACAAUAGAACAAAAGGAUGGCCAUUAGUAGAUUCCCCCUUACCGACAGUGAUCUACACAAUGUUGUACUUAUUCAUAGUCUGGGUGGGACCUAAAUUAAUGAAAAACAGAAGGCCUUUCAAACUAACAUGGCUCCUGGUCCCAUACAACUUAGCGAUGGCAGCGCUGAAUGCGUAUAUAGCGGUCAGACUCCUAACGGCGUCAUUUAGAUUGAGAUACAGCUAUAUAUGUGAGCCAUGCCGGCAGAAAUAUGACCCAGAUGAAUUGCAGAUUGCAGACGCCGUAUGGUGGUAUUAUUUCUCGAAGCUUCUAGAGUUCUGUGACACGUUCUUCUUCAUACUAAGGAAGAAAGAUGAACAGCUGACGUUCCUUCAUGUCUAUCACCACUCCACAAUGUUUUCGUUUUGGUGGAUCGGUAUUAAAUGGGUGCCCAGUGGAUCAACCUUCCUGCCGGCUAUGGUGAACAGUGGAAUUCAUGUCCUUAUGUACACGUAUUACGGUCUAUCCGUAUUCGGGCCUACAGUCAGCAAAUACCUAUGGUGGAAAAAAUACCUGACAAUUAUGCAACUGAUCCAAUUCACAUGCGCUUUGAUCCUCGGUGUCAACGGCAUCAGAACCGGCUGCGAGUUUCCUCUCUGGAUGCACUAUGUCCUCAUCAUAUACAUGAUUUCGUUCAUCAUUCUCUUUGGAAACUUCUACAUGAAGGCUUAUCUUGCAAAGGGAAGCAAAUGCAUGGAGGUGAGAUACGGCCAAUGUUUGGACGAUGAAGAAACCAUAGCAAAGAGAAAACUGAAAAACAAUUGAAAACUCUUUUGUCUGCAAAAUUAUUUAUUUGCUUUAGUCUAAUACAUUAUUUAAGUGUUCUCUAAGUUACUUUGUUUUAGAAUUAUAACAGCUUUGUAAUCACGCAUAAUAUUAUUUGAAAAUUUGUUAAUAUAUGUUUUGUUGGAUAUUAUUUUGGUAUCUUAUCAUUCGUCGCAAAAAAUAACACUAAUCACUAAUAUAAAUUGAUUGUGACCAAAAUAAAUAAAAUGUAAAUAUAAAU